AGAGCGUACAGCGUGCAUUCACUAGGCACUUGGCAUUCCAUUCUUCUAGCAUAUCUUACCGUACCACAUAUGAUCUACGUCUUAAACAUUUUAAAAUGAUAUCGCUCGGCAACCGUCGUAGAAUAAUUAAUAUCAUGUUCCUAAAAAAACUAAUUUCCGGAAGCAUAGAUUGUAGCCACUUACUUCAGAAAAUCAACUUUAGCGUUCCAUACCACUGCCCACGGCAUCCUAUUACUGAAAUUUUCCAUAUUCCCGCAAGUAGAACAAACCUCCUUAGAUAUUCCCCUUUAUCAAAGAUAUGUAGUGAAUUUAACCAAAUAUGUGCAUUAAUUGACGGCAUUGACAUUUUUAACGACACGUGUCCUGGUCUCAAAAACAAACUAGUAUCCAAGUUCCUUUGCUUAUAAUUGAUGUGAGAAUGUCAUUCUGAUUACAUUGCGCAGUCUGUUCUAUGUAUUUAUAUUUUUUGCAUUGCCGCGCUCGACUUUUUUAAUUUUUUUAUAGUUUUAUAAUUUUUAUUUAUAAUUUUUUACUAUAUAAAUAUGUGCAUUAUUUCUUAUUUAGUAAUCUGUGAAGUUAGUAGUGUGUGUAGUUAGCUCUUGUUUUCGUGUUGUUUUCAAAUAAAUAUAUUGCUGUAACAUGUCAUAGUGUGUUAUAAGAGAUUGCUGUACAUGCCUGUAACUGGCUUACAUACCAGUACUUUAUUUUAUAUAUGUUAAUUUUAAGCUUGAAUGUUUUGUGUGUAUUGCUGUUGGUGUGUCUAAAUAAAUAAAUAAAAAAAAAAAAAAAUAUUGCAAUAGGAGCAAAACUUUUUGAUUUGCUCUAUACAUUACGUUAGGAGAGUUAAAAUGAUGACGGAUUAAUUUGGCAUCAAAUGAUUUGCUUCAAUUUAUUUCGUUGCCUUCGAGAUCGGCUUCGGCUAUUCUUUACAACCUUUACUUAUAAAUAUAUUCAAGCAAAACAAUAUGACACUCGAGCUCCAGUGAAGUGCACACGCCCGAAUGAAGUUUGGAAUCCUUGUGCACAAUGUUUGGCGGAACGAUGCGGGGAUCUAAACAGUGCCUUAAAACCAAAUUGUCCUGCUCAACUGCGUUCUUACUGCAAUCCGCAGUGCGUGUGUGCAAACGGCUAUUACAGGAACAACAAUGACGUUUGUGUCCCGAAGCAAGCGUGUCCUGGUCAGUGUCCGGUGCCCGCCAGGUGUAGACCUACCUGCUCUGUGCCGAAUCCACCGAACUGUCCACCUUGCAAGCCGCCUAUUGAGAACCAGGACGGUUGUCAAUGUCAACCGGGGUACAUCUUGUCUGAAACAGAAGGGAAAUGUGUUAAGAUAGAAACCUGCCCUAAUCCGUGCAAUGCAAACGAAACGCUCGUAUCCUGCAAAGCUGGCUGUCCCACCGACUACUGUCCAACUAGCGACAGUCGCGCCGUAGUUGCUUGCUCGCUCGCUUACCCAUGCAAUCCUGGCUGCGUUUGUAAACAAAAUUAUAAGCUCCUCAGUGAGAAUGACAAGAGAUGUGUACUGACCACAGACUGUCCUCCAGUCACGUGCACACGACCCAACGAAGUUUGGAAUCCGUGUGCACAAUGUUUGGCGGAACGAUGCGAGGAUCUCAACAGUACCUCUAACCAGAAUUGUCCUGCUGAACUGCGCUCUUACUGCAGGCCGCAGUGCGUGUGUGCAAAAGGCUAUUACAGGAACAACAAUGACGUUUGUGUCCCGAAGAACGCGUGUCCUGGUCAGUGUCCGGUGCCCGCCAGGUGUAGACCUACCUGCUCUGUGCCGAAUCCACCGAACUGUCCACCUUACAAGCCGCCUAUUGAGAACGUGGACGGAUGUCAAUGUCAAGAAGGGUACAUCUUGUCUGAAACAGAAGGGAAAUGUGUUAAAAUAGAAACCUGCCCUAGUAAGUUACGUUUAAAUUUGUUUUCCUACCUAAGCUGAGAGCCUUGAGAGGCUAUAUCAGCGUAACCUUAACUAGUAGGUGAGCUCACGGGGCUCAAACCUGACGACGUUGCUAACACGAACCCUAGCAAGAGCCGUGCUUCGCAGAAUCUACCACCGGAUCGGAAACGCGACCCACUGAGAAGAUCCGGCGAGAAACUCAGUAGGCUGUGUCUGAGGGUUAAUUUACUCGUCGAGCCCUUCGUCGCAAGCGACGGAUUCGACGAUAGCGAUGACUGGUGCU